CAGCUUCUAUCAACGCCGUGAACAGCUUCUAUCAUCGCUGGAAACCUUUCUAACGGUACGCGUUGGUGUCUCCUGUGAACCCCCCGCGUUGCAAGGCGUCUGGCGGAGACAUAUCGCACUCUGGAUGCAACCAUUCCGCGUGUCGCCGGAGAUGUUGGACGGACUGCAGGUGUUAGGAGGUCAUCACGUCCCCGUGAGCCCCCCGUGCAGCCCUCCAGCCCCCAGCACCACGCCCCCCUCGCCACCACAGCCCCCAGUGUCACCAGACGACCACACCAGCGCCAGGGACACGCCCGCAACCACAGACUCUUCGGUCUCAGCGUCGCCCGUGAAGACGACGCUGACGGAGACAGCGUCGUCCGUACCGUCAGCGGCGGAGCUCCGACGGUACAGGACGGCCUUCACCAGGGAGCAGAUCGCGCGCCUCGAGAAAGAAUUCUUAAGAGAGAACUACAUCAGCCGGCCGCGACGCUGCGAGCUGGCCCAGGAGCUAGACCUGCCGGAGGCAACCAUCAAGGUGUGGUUCCAGAACCGCCGCAUGAAGGAUAAGCGCCAGCGGUUGUCUCUGGUGUGGCCCUACGCCGACCCGGCCCUCACGGCCUACCUGCUGCAUGCGGCCGCCGCAGCCGCAGCCGCCGCAGCCUACCCGCCCUACCUACCACCCGUCCUCUCCAGCGCCUCACCUUGGGCCGCCGCCGCUAGACUCCCGCAGCCGCAGCCGCUACCUUACAGCAGCGGCGGCAGCCCGACACACGCCCAAUCGUUGUCACGGUACGCGCCGUAUCCACGCCCACAUCCUUCCGUCGUUCCGAUCAGGGCGCCCACGCCCGUCAUCCACCGCCCGGGCACUCAUCUGUCCACCUGUCCCGCUAGGGACGCCCCGAAAGUGGGCGGCGACGGGUGUAUGUGUCGUGUGAUGUGCCCCGCCCUGACCCACCCGGGGCCCAGACCGAGCCUGCUCAGACCAGCGUGUGCCGGGGCCCUGACUCCUGCAGGGGCCCGCAGCAGCAGCAGCAGCCCUACUCCUAGCGAGGGGCCCAGGGGCGUCGCCCCCCAGCAGCAGAAGGCGCCCCAUUCUUUGUUCCAGCCAUACAGAGACGAUCUAGUGUCGUGAGGCUUCCAG